GGAAUUGAGUUCACUUUUAACAAAAAAGAGGACAUUUCCGAAGUUAUCAAUGGCACUCUGCAGCUUUUAUACAACGGCCUCGUCACCAGUAGUCCCACAACCAUGUGGAAUGAGUCGUGCGGGGAGCAGCUGUUGGAUUUCGGGCGCCCAGAGAAGAUCAUUAUUGGGGUGAUGUUGGCGAUCAUCACGGCGGUCACCGUGAUGGGAAACACGCUGGUGGUGAUCGCAGUGUGCGUAGUGAAGAUAAGGCAACCUUCAAACUACCUUCUGGUGUCCUUAGCAGUAGCAGACCUGUCAGUUGCCAUAGUUGUGAUGCCGUUUGUAAUAGUGACAGACCUCACCGGCGGAAAGUCUUUUGGAGAAGUGUUCUGCAAUAUCUUCAUCAGCAUGGAUGUAAUGUGCUGCACUGCCUCUAUUAUGACCCUGUGUGUGAUCAGCGUCGAUAGGUAUCUGGGGAUCACACGGCCUCUCACCUACCCGGCUCGACAAAAUGGGCAGCUGAUGGCAAAGAUGAUCGUGGGAGUGUGGCUGGUGUCGGCAUCCAUUACCCUGCCACCUUUCUGUGGUUGGGCAAAAAACGUCCACACAGCCGGUGUGUGCCUCAUUAGCCAAGACUUUGGCUACACCAUCUAUUCCACAGCAGUAGCCUUCUACAUCCCCAUGCUGGUAAUGCUGGUCAUGUACUACAAGAUCUUCAGGGCAGCUCGCAAGAGUGGUGCCAAACACCGCUUCACCGACCUUUCGCGCCGUGAGCGCCUCGAAACAGUGGCUAAUGAGGCGCUUCGUAUGCAAGGCCUAAAACCGCCCGGUGUGGCGGAGGAGUGCGCUGCCUUGUCUCGCCUGUUGAACCGUGAGCGCAGAAACAUCUCCAUCUUCAAGAGGGAGCAGAAAGCAGCCACAACACUGGGAGUGAUUGUGGGAGUGUUUGCUGUGUGCUGGCUGCCGUUCUUCAUCCUGUCCACUGCCAGGCCCUUUAUCUGUGGAGUUGAGUGUAGCUGUGUACCCAUUUGGCUGGAGCGUACGCUGCUCUGGUUGGGUUAUGCCAACUCGCUAAUGAACCCCUUCAUCUACGCCUUCUUCAACCGAGACCUACGCUCCACGUAUCGUGACCUUCUUCGCUGUCGUUAUCGUAACAUCAACCGCCGAUUGUCUGCUGUAGGUGUCCACGAGGCUCUCAAGGUGUAAUUAGGAUCAUAUAUUGUUUCAGACUGACUCGAGGAUCCUGUGAGCUUGUACACUUGGUGCUUAAAAGGGUGACAUGUACACAGCAGGCCUGUAGAUAAGACACAGACUGACAGAAUGGGAGUCACUGUUGGUGGCUCACUGUCCCCUCUGCAAAGACACAGAGAGAGCAUGAUCACUUCAGUGUGUGUGUGACUCAGUCAUUCUAUUUUGGGAUGGAAAAAUCAUAGAGCGUACUUGAUAGGCUAUUCAAGUCGACACUGCUUUUGUGCAUAUGCCACAGUUCCAUCCUGGCUCCGGAUUUAUGGCUGGAUAAUGUAGUGGCAAAGGAAAUGACAUACAAACACAAUAAAUCAUCCUAGGGUUUUGAAAAGGAAACAAAAAGGAAACAGAAAGGAAAAUGAUUUCUGUAUAUUACCAAAUUUGAUGUUUCAUAAAGAAAAACAUUUGUUCUGUGGUACAAUUUCUCCUGAACAUCCUUUUAAUAUGCAUUUAAAGAAAUUUAGAUUAACUUCAAACUUAAGGCAAACACUUGAAGGUGUAAUAUGCCAGGAUUAAGUAUUGUUUGUAUCUUUUAAUUUCUAUUCAUUUCUUUUAAUUUAGUCCUUUCACGCAAUAGCUCACAUAGUAUCACAAAUGUUCAAAAAAUGUGGUGCCGUUUGAUGCCAAGUGAAUAGGGGUGGGUGGAAAAUGGUGUUAAAAUACAACAUGGAGGGAACACUUUCCAUUCAUGAAAUAUCAGUGUUGUUAUAAAAAGAAAUUGAAAGUAGCUUGUUUAGUGUCUGCAUGAAACAUAUUUGUCUAACAUGGCACUGUAUACAUAACUCAUAAAAGAUUUUGAUUUAGUGAAUAGUGAAUGACAUUUGGCAGAAAAGUUUGGUGUUUCACCCAAAACAAAUCUUUACUGUACACUUGAAUUCAGUAGGAAUUCACUUUGAACCAUGAUACUGUGGACUUCACUCUUGAUAUUCUUUGACUGGUUUCAUUCCACAGUUGGCUGAUGACUUUUUAAAAAAUAAUUCUGUCACUGAAAUAGGCGAUGCAGCAAUCUGAACGUGCUGAACACAGUACAACUUUAUUGAAAACGAGUUGCCAUGGUCUUGAGACUCUUUCGCCUUCACUGACAAUAUUUAUCAUUCCCCCUUGAAACAGGAUGAGGUCAUUUCCCUCCUGACAACAGUCCCAUCUGAACUGUUCGGUGACUUGUAUUAACUCAUUUCAAAUGUCGUUAGUUGAGCAGUGUGUGCUUUUUCUACCUCAAUUUUGGAGAAUUCUAUACAUUUCCUCUAAACAGAUGUAUCGCUGUCUUGCAUCAUUUUGUAUUUAACUUCUAUUUUUUAUUGUGUCGAGUUGAUCUGUCAACCAAUGCUCUGUGAUUACUCUGUUAGAUUGCUUUGUCAUUGCCUUCAGAAUCAACCCGGAGACGUGGCAAAGCAUUUCAUCACUUUGUAAAUAAAGAAACACUUGGUUAAAAUGUCA